AUGGCUAAAAUCGUUCCGAUCUUCGGUUUUUUGUUCUCUCUCCUUGUGUUGCUUCCUUCUCAGAUCGCCGCUGAGGAGCCAGAGGCCAAGGAGUUCGUCCUCACUUUGGAUAACACCAAUUUCCAUGACACUGUCAGCAAGCACGAUUUCAUCGUCGUUGAGUUUUACGCUCCUUGGUGUGGUCACUGUAAGUCGCUUGCUCCAGAGUAUGAAAAAGCUGCUUCUAUCUUGAGCACUCUUGAAACUCCAAUUGUUUUGGCUAAAGUUGAUGCCAAUGAAGAGAAGAACAAGGAUAUUGCGUCUCAAUAUGAUGUUAAGGGAUUCCCAACGAUUAAGAUUUUGAGGAACGGUGGAAAGAGCAUUCAAGACUACAAAGGUCCCCGUGAUGCUGAUGGUAUUGUUGAAUACGUGAAGAAACAACAAGGACCUGCAUCAACAGAACUUAAAUCUGCUGAUGAAGCCCGUGCUUUUGUUGGUGAAGAUGGCAUUGUUAUUGUUGGAGUUUUCCCUAAAUUCUCUGGGGAGGAGUUUGAUAACUUCCUUGCAUUAGCAGAUAAGUUGCGCGCUGACUAUGACAUUGCUCACACCUUGGAUGCCAAACACCUCCCAAGGGGAGAUUCAUCCGUGACCGGCCCUGUAGUUAGGUUAUUUAAGCCAUUUGAUGAGCUCUUUGUUGACUCCAAGGAUUUCAAUGUUGAAGCUCUAGAGAAAUUCAUUGAAGAAUCCAGUAUUCCGCUUGUGACUAUCUUUAACAAUGAACCAAAGAAUCACCCUUUUGUUGUCAAAUACUUUAACUCUCCCAAUGCAAAGGCAAUGUUGUUUGUCAACUUUACUUCCGGAAGUACUGAAGCAUUUAAAUCAAAAUACCGUGAAAUUGCUGAGCAAUACAAACAACAGGGAAUUGGGUUUCUUAUUGGAGAUGUUGAGUCCAGCCAAGGUGCUUUCCAGUAUUUUGGACUUAAGGAAGAGCAAGUACCUCUAAUUAUUAUUCAGCAAACUGAUGGCAAGAAAUUUUUCAAGCCCAAUUUGGAACCAGAACACCUUUCAGCUUGGGUGAAGGCAUACAAGGACGGAAAUGUUGCUCCAUUUGUCAAGUCUGAACCUAUCCCUGAGACUAACAACGAACCUGUUAAAGUGGUAGUUGGGGAAACUCUUCAGGAAAUAUUUUUCAACUCAGGGAAGAAUGUUUUGCUUGAAUUUUAUGCCCCUUGGUGUGGUCACUGCAAAGCAUUGGCUCCAAUCUUGGAUGAAGUUGCCGUCUCAUUCCAAAGUGAUGCUGGUGUUGUUAUUGCAAAACUGGAUGCAACUGCCAACGAUAUCCCAAGUGAAACCUUUGAGGUCCAAGGUUAUCCAACUUUGUACUUCAGGUCAGCAAGUGGAAAGAUAUCGCAAUAUGACGGUGGUAGGACAAAGGAAGACAUCAUAGAGUUCAUUCAAAAGAACAAGGACACAACUGGUGCUACUCAGCAAGAAGUAGAACAGCCAAAAGCUCCUGCUCAGCAAGAAGUAGAACAACCUAAAGAUGAGCUUUGA